UGUUUUCUUUUCUUCGGUCUGAAACUGGAUCAAGAGGGUUCCGAUCGGGACGCUCUGCACCAGUGGGUGCGCCUUCUGCUCCGCUUUAUGGGAAGUAAAUCACGCCGCGGAGCCCCCACUGAUGAGCUGAGAGACAAGAAGGCCCUUGCGAAGGUCCAACGGCAUUUGGCUCUUCUCCUUGGUUAUGCCGAUCAGGCCUUCAACAUCCCACCUUACAAAUUAAGGACAUCAACGGUCUUCCACGCAUUCAUCUCACACGUAGCAGAUGUCUUGGAUAGAAAUCCUCCGAUGGGCAGCUGUAUUCUGCAUCAGACACUGAUGGUUCUGCAGGUGUGCGCCUCACCGCAGCGCUACGCAAACGAUUGUCAGGCGCCAAAUUUCACGCUUCGUUUGUUGGAGCCUCAAGUUCGACACCACUGGCUGAACACGCUUAUUAUCAUUCUCUACAAGGUGGCUGUCAUUGUAUUUGAGUCGGAAAUUACCCAUGAAACACUUUUAGUAGUUUGCGAAAGAGAUAACUCACAGUUAACUGGAUAA